GUUCACUUUCCCAUUUUCUAACAAACGACUUUUUAGUUGCAUCAUUAAAUGACUCGAUCCAUUUAUUAUGACGAGAUUUCAUAUUUAAUAACACGGAUCCAUGAAUGCAGGGAAAGGCGCAUGGAACUGAUGAAAGCAUAUGCUCUAAUUCAACAUACUGACUCUUCUGGGAAGAAUUCACUUUCAAGCAAAAUGAUCCAAUAUAACAUAAAUUUGAAAAGAAUAGAUGAAAACAUUAGAAAAGUGGAAAGAAGACAUGAAGUCCUGAAAUGUCAGUUCGAAAAAAUUAAACAAAAUGCUAAAGAAGAAUCAAUGUUGGGUGUGAAUAAAAUGUUGAAUCAUUCGCUUAAUAACCAAGAACUUCAACAGGUAAUUAAAAGAACAAAACAAAUUUUAGAUGCACAAGAAAUAACGUUGAAAUCUAUAUCAUUUAACAACAAUGAUGACGAUGAAUAUGAUAGUGUUGAUAACAAUAUAAAACAUGAAGAAUUAUACAAAUUAUCGUUUAUUAACCAAACCAGGAUCGAAACACCACAAAAAGAUGGUGAUUAUAACAAAACGGAGAAUAAGGAAGUAAAUGACAAAGAGCCAGGGGAAGAUGAAGAAGAGAAAGAAUUGGGACAAAGAAGACAAAUCAGGGAGAUAACAGAUGGUGUUGAAUCAUCGAAUCAUGUUGUCCAUAAAAUUAGAUCUCCAGCAUUUUCGGAAGAUCUAAAUUAUUCAUCUGAUGAUUUUUAUAAACAAUCCAGAUUGUUUGAUUCAAAUAUUUUAUUGAACAAUCAUAGUAAUGAUGAGAAAUCUAACAAGAAUAAUAAUUCGCAACACAUGGCCAUAGAAGAAGAAGAAAAAGAAAAAGAAAACGAAGAAGAAGAGGAAGAUGAUGAUACUCAAGAAACAGAAGAUGAAUACAAGGCAGAAUUAAAAUGUGAAAACGUUUAUCCAACAGAUCCAAAUAAAAAGGGAAUCAUUCAAAAAGGUCAAACUUAUGAAGCAUUUUUAGCAAAAGCAACAUUCAGCAUUGAAGAUUCAACUUAUGAUCCAGUUAAUGAAUCCAAUGAACAUGAAUCUGAAUAUGAUUCAAAAAUAUUAAAAAAUAAUGUAAAUAUAAAUGAAGAUAUGAGAGCAUCAAAUAAGUUAUUUGAUUCAACAAAUGCUAAUCUACUUUCAUCAUGGACAACAUAUAAAACAGAAGACUUAGAGGAUGACAGUUUCUAUGAUUGACAAAUAAAAAUGUCUG